AGCAAUUGCCAGGCUCGACUGCGUGGCUCUCAGUGACAUCCAAACAAAGUGGUCUGAGAUGUGUGUUGUACUCCGGGGAACAGCGUGGUCAGACUUCACGGACUGAAAGAUUCCUGCCGGCUAAAUAAACAUCCUGCAUGUAUUUUGUUCAUACAAGCCAAACACAAGAUGUCCGUGGAGUAAAACUUCCAGCUGGCAGCGCAGCUCGUUUUCGGAGAUACUUUCUCUCGCCACUUCGUCUUGUUUAGGGAUUCAUUUUUCAGUCAUCCGACCCGGACUAACCCCUUGGAUUUGACUGGGGGACCCCCGGGUCUGGCCUGGGCGUGCGCGCAACACGGAGACGGUUCGAGCGCGUUUUUACAGUCCUUAUUUGACGGACGCACGACAGCUGCGGCGGCUGACCCCUACCUCCCUGCUCAACACUGCCAAAACACAGACACUCUCAGACUCUUGUGUAUAAUCCUUCAUCUAAAAGCCACUGACCCCUGCAAGAGGACAGGGGUUCAAGUCGCGCCGUUUUCCCGGUUUGUUUGGACAGUGUCAUGGUGUCAUCAGUUCACUGCGGACAGAAGGUUUAUUGUCCUCUGUCUGUCAGACGGUAAUGCAAACGGAGGUUGACGCUAUCAGCGGCUAAACUCCCAUAUGGAUAAAGGCAUGAACCUGCACCUUGAUGGGAUAUUUGCCGACAACACCACCUAUAAUUACGACGACUAUGAAUUCGUGGAUCAGACCAAAUCAGAGUGCAGUGGUCACUUGGAGGCAGUGUUCCUUCCACUUUUGUACUCUGUGGCGCUAGUGGUGGGUCUUCUGGGGAACGGGCUGCUCCUGGUGGUUCUGGCCCUCAGCAGACGGAGACAGAGCUGGAGCGUGACAGACACCCUCAUCCUCCAUCUGGCUGUGGCAGACAGCCUGCUGCUGUUCACUCUGCCCUUCUGGGCUGCCCAGGCCAUCCAGGGUCAGGGAUGGAGCUUUGGGAUUCCUUUCUGCAAGAUCUCUGGAGCCAUUUUCAAUAUCAACUUCUACUGUGGGAUCUUCCUGCUGGCCUCAAUCAGUCUGGACCGCUAUUUGUCCAUCAUCCACAAGAUUCAGAUAUAUAGCCAUAGGAAGUCGUGGUUGGUCCACAUCGGCUGCCUGUCAGUCUUCUCCCUGCUCCUCACCAUCCCUGACUUCAUCUCGUUGGAUGUUGUCAAAAAUGGCAACAAAGGGAAAAUGGUGUGUGUACAAGACUACCCGCUUGAAUCUCAGUCAGCACCUGGGUGGCGGCUGGGAUCACGCCUGCUCUACCACUUGGUGGGCUUCCUCCUGCCUUCAGCCGUCCUGCUCUUCUGCUAUUCCUGCAUCCUGCUGCAUCUACAGCGUGUCUCCCUGGGCCCACAGAGGCAGAGAGCCAUCAGGGUCAUCCUGGCGCUGGUGGUGGUCUUCUUCCUCUGCUGGACGCCAUACAACAUCACACUCAUGGUGGACACCUUCCAGAGGAAGAAAGCAACAAAGGAACCUGCUGAUGGUUUGUGCAGAACCUCCCUGGAGAACAGUCUAAUGGUCACCCAUGCUCUGGGCUGCUUCCAUGCCUGCCUGAACCCCCUUCUCUACCUCGGACUAUGUAGAAACUUCAGGAAACGGGUGCUGGACAUGCUGAGGUGUUUGAAAGGGACACUGGCUGAUUCUAAGAGCUCCCUGUGGGAAUUGGGCGUGGUGGAGGAAGCCUUGCCCGGCCAGGCUCAUGAGAAGGUAGUUUUUAAUCAAGUGAAAACCGUAGAGAAUGCAGCCCAACCAGAGCAGAUGAGUGGAAACAAAACACCCACCGGUGAUUCAUAAGUGACAUGACUGACAUUCUGUCCCUGAGGGGAAGUUAAUGUGACUGUCCGGUCAUGGGGUGAAGAGGUGGAGGACCACAUUCAGUAUAAUGACGAGAUAUAUACGUUAAAAAAAGAGAGGGAUUCCCACAAACUGCACUUUAAGCUUUAAGGUUUUAGAGCCACAUCAUGGUGACUUGGACUGAUUGUGGUUAUAGUUAGUAUUCAUCAUUGUAGCAAUGCUUUCUUUGACUAGUCACCCUCAAUCAUCAUUGUUUAUACUGUUUUUUGAAUUGUUAUUAUUACUAUUAUUAGUGGUGGUAGUAGUAGUAACAUUGAAAUAUAAGCUUGCCCUCCUGUCAGUGUUGUAAUUUUGCAUUAAUAUAAUUUAUGACUUUAUUACUGAUCAUGGCUGGGUGUAUUAACAAUUUCACUUUUCAUUCCACUUGUUUCGCAGCAUUGUGUAACACUGUGCAUGUUGUCUGAUUUAGAUCACAUGGGAAAAUCCCAUGAGUACGCAGUCUGUAGGUGUCAAGUGUGUCAUGUGCAACAGAUGGAGUAGGUUUUUUUUUUUUUUUCUGGCAAAUCCCAGACUCUUUUGUUAAAUUUUCCUGUUGCAACAUGAGGUUUUGCCCGCGGCAGGCAGGAUGACACAAACAGGUUGUGAUGUCAUCAGUCAGGUGACAGAGAGGGAGAGAGAAGCAGAGCGAGGCGGAGGGGAAAGGAAACAAGCUCUCUCUGUUGUGCUGUGCCCUUUUUCACAGCUCUCUGUUUACAGGAUACCCAUCUGAAGACUUCACUGUUUGUUUGGUGCACAGAGAACUGGGCCAUGCUUUGUGUUCAUGGGAAGUUGAGAGAGUAGGUGGUGGAGGAAAAAAAGGGAGGAGGUCUUUUGAGAAUAAGAAAUUCUCUUGAAGAUUACAGUGCGUGGUGUGUUUUUCAGGUUUGAUGUAUGAUUGUAUGCCAGGUGCAAAAUAAUCAUUUUAAUGGGAAUAAAUGUGACAUGAAGA